AUGCCGAGCUUUGGUGGCAGCGACAACUCCUCGCCUGCGCUACAGAAAAUGGACAUGGGAAAUGGCGGCCGGUAUGCCGCGAAGAGGUUCGACUUUGGGCACAUUGCUGGCGACCCUUUCUGGCUGGGAACAAUCGGCAUUGGCAUUUCUGGUUGGAUCAUAGCCUUCGUCAGCUCCAUCAUCGCAGACCUAUCUCAAGAGUACCCCAACUACUCGUGGUGGAGCUUGGUCUACAUGUUCUUCUGCAUAAUAGCCGUCCUCUUCGUCGUCGGUGCCAAUGCUGUUUUCACGUACCACGUCGCCAUUGCCGCCUUCUUGUCGGCAGGACUCGUCUUCACCACAUCCUCAGUCAACUCCCUGAUCUACUACCCAGAUCCCGCCAAAGAAGCAGCUGCCGCUGGCUUCAUCCUGCUGUCCAUUGUUUCGAUCAUCUGGAUCUUCUACUUUGGCUCCCAACCACAAGCGAGCCACCGCCAGACACUCGACUCGUUUGCGUUGCACAAAGAUCGUGCGCCGAGCCGCAACAGCCGGGCCAUGCGACAAUCCUACCGCCCUGAGACUACACACUCCGGAGGUCAACAACCACAAGCUUACAACACGAACCGCCUGGCAGGCUUCGAGACAGUCUCUCCAGUCGCUGGCUACCAUGGUGGCCCUGCAGGUCAAGCGAACCGCGAUAGUGAGCCGCGCUUCUCACAGCCCCUGAACUCGCAGCCUAGCGGAAACAACUUAGCAGCUCAUAACGGAGCCUCGCUUGGUGUCGGUGCCGGCCAAGGGCACGACAGUUCAGUGAGCGCACCAUCAGACUAUCCUUACCGAGCAAAGGCCAUCUACAGCUACGAGGCCAACCCCGACGACGCUAACGAAAUUUCGUUCACGAAGCACGAGAUACUGGAAGUGAGCGAUGUUUCAGGACGAUGGUGGCAGGCCAAGAAAGAGAACGGCGAAACGGGUAUUGCUCCUUCGAAUUAUCUCAUCUUGCUAUGA